AUGGCCUCCACCGCCGCCGCCUCCUUCCUCCACCCCACCAGCUUCCCCAAAACCCCCGCCGGCGGCCGGCGGAGGAUCCGCGCUCCGCGGCGGUGCUCCGCGGCUGCGCAGCCGCAGCAGGCGGAGGAGGCCCAGGCGAGCCCGCCGGCUCCGCCGCCGCAGGCGCAGGAGAGCGUGCCGCCGUCGGCUGCGAGGGCGGCGGCGCCGCUGUCGCCGCAGCCGGCGGCACGGAGUAAGAACAUGAGCCGGGAGUACGGCGGCCAGUGGCUGAGCAGCGUCACCCGCCAUGUGAGGAUCUACGCCGCCUACAUCGACCCGGUGACCCACGCCUUCGACCAGACGCAGAUGGACAAGCUGACCCUCAUCCUCGACCCCACCAACGAGUUCAUCUGGACCAAGGAGUCCUGCCAGAAGGUCUACGACUACUUCCAGGAGCUCGUCGACCACUACGAGGUCAACUCCUUCUCCCAUGCCUGAAUUGUGCGUUACAGAUCUGGUCAAACGGUGGAUUGGAGAGGGGGUGGUGGAAUUGAUCUUUGCGGCGCCGUCGACUUGGGCAGGGAGCGGACCUCACAGAGUACACCCUCCGGCUGAUCGGCUCUGAUCUCGAGCACUUCAUCCGCAAGCUGCUCUACGAUGGAGAGAUCAACUACAAUAUGAACGCCAGGGUCCUGAACUUCAGCAUGGGCAAGCCCCGGGUCAUCUUCAACGGCGGCGGCGCCGCCACCCAGCCUGAGGGCCUCCCGUGA